UACGUCCAUUUUCUUCUCUUCAGUUCACGUCAAUUCAGAAACUUGAAAAAAACGACAUCGUGAAAGAAACUCUUUUUGUUGGAUUAAAGAUAACUUCUGGUUAGAUAAUGUGAAAUAUUUACAAUAUAUGUGGUUCAAGUUUAAUUUAUCUCGUUUAAUAACGCUGACGCAUUGAAAACAUCUGCGUAACGUCAAAAUUAAGCUACCAUCAUGGAAGAUGAAAACGAAUAUAAGAAGUUACCGACAGAUGAAAAAUGUGUUCACAAGCUAUGGAAGGCAAGAGUAGCGGGAUACGAAGAGGCAAUUAAAUUGUUUAACCAGAUUGAUGAUGAGAAGUCACCGGAGUGGAACAAAUAUUUGGGCCUCAUAAAAAAAUUUGUCACUGACAGCAAUGCAGUCGCUCAAGAAAGAGGUCUAGAAGCGGCGCUCGUAUUCGUCGAGAACUGCGGCCAUGCCGGCAAGACCACGGGUGAGGUGAUGUCCGGGAUAGUCGCUAAAUGCAUCGCUGCGCCCAAGACUAAGACGAAAGAUCUCGCUUUGCAGAUCACACUAAUGUACAUAGAAAUUGAGAAACACGAGACUGUAGAAGAGGAACUCCUAAAGGGCAUGGAACAGAAGAACCCCAAAGUGGUAGCGGCUUGCGUUUCAGCUCUCAACACUGCGCUCAAGCAGUUUGGGAACAAGGUGAUUGCCAUCAAACCCAUGGUCAAGAAGAUCCCCAUACUGCUGGCCGAUAGGGACAAGGGUGUGAGGGAUGAAAUGAAGGCGCUUGUCGUUGAAAUGCACAGAUGGAUCGGUGUAGCCGUGGAGCCCCAUAUAGCCUCGCUCCAAGCGGUGGUGCAGCAGGAGCUGCGAGAAGCCUUCGGAGGCACCGGCGGCGCCACGCCCACCAGAUACCUGCGCUCGCAGCAGAACAGGGUCAGGGACUCGCCGCCCGCUGACGCUGUCGACGGUGGUGCCGACGACGAGGACGCGGAAGCAGGGGGAGGGGAUACCCCGGAUGUUGACCCUUAUGAGCUCCUCGACCCGGUGGAGAUAUUGUCCAAACUGCCCAAGGACUUCUACGACAAACUGGAGAACAAAAAGUGGCAGGAGCGCAAAGAAGCUUUGGACACAUUGGAGAAUUUACUGAAGAACGCACCAAAGUUGGAGCCGGGAGAUUAUGCUGAUUUAGUCAGAGCUUUGAAGAAGGUGAUAUCAAAAGACUCCAACGUGAUGGUGGUAGCGCUAGGAGGGAAGCUGCUAGGCAUGGUGGCGAAUGGUCUACGGGGAAAAUUCCAACCAUAUGCAGUUGCUUGCGUUCAGGCUAUAUUGGAGAAGUUUAAAGAGAAGAAGACGAAUGUUGUUACAGCACUGCGAGACGCCAUUGAUGCUAUUUAUCCAUGUACGAAUCUUGAGGCGAUAAUGGAGGACAUGCUAGCAGCUUUCGACAACAAGAACCCGUCGAUAAAGGCGGAGAGCGCCAUAUUCCUGGCGCGCGCGCUCUGCCUCACGCAACCGGCGGCCUUCAACAAGAAACUGAUCAAGGCUUACGUGGCUGGGUUGUUGAAGCUGCUUGAAAGUGCUGAUCCUUCAGUGAGAGAUGCGGCAGCUGAAGCUUUGGGUACUGCGACUAAGCUGGUUGGAGAGAAGAAUAUCGCUCCACACAUUGGCAAACUGGACAACUUGAAAGAACAGAAGAUCAAAGAGUUUGCUGACAAGGCUGAAAUAAAAGUGAAAGUAUCGGCUCCAAAGAAAGAGGCGAAGCCAAAGUCAGCAGUGGCCGCUACGAGUAAAGGAGACAGUAAGCCAACUGCCGGCUCAUCGCAACCCAAACCUGUGAAGAGACCAGCUACUGCUGUAAAGAAACCAGCUGCUGGUAAGAAAGCCCCAUCAAGAUCCCAGCCCAGUCCGCCCAAAGAACAAGAGUUAUCACAAGAGGAGAUCGAUGCAAGAGCUGAACAGCUGUUCCCAGGGGAUGUUAUCAAUGGCCUCGGCGACGGCAAUUGGAAGAACCGCUUGACAGCGGUGCAGUCCUUCCACUCAACUAUCCAAGGUCUCACAACAGCGGACACGUCGGCACAAGUCCUGUACCGAGUACUGAACAAGAAGCCCGGCCUCAAGGACACCAACGUGCAAGUCCUGAAGGCCAGGCUCGAGGCCUGCAAAUACAUUACAGAGAACUUCCCUAUAUCCACGACGGCAACAGAUUUCGUCCUCCAAGACGUAGUGACGAAACUGGGCGAAACCUCAUGUUUGUCAGUCUCGUCCGACUGUCUCUCGUCCCUGGCCGAGGGUUGUGGCUUGGAGCACGUGCUGAACGAGGGUCUGACCUUCGCGAUGGACUCCCAAAAGAAUCCGAAGGUCCAGGCCGAGAUGUUCAACUGGAUGGCGGGCGCUGUCAAAGAGUUUGGAUUCACAAUGAACGUCAAAACAAUUGUAGUGCAUGCCAAGAAGGCACUCGCCGCUACAAACCCCAACGUUCGCACGUCGACCAUCAAUUUCCUGGGAAUACUUUCUCUAUAUGUGGGACCCUCACUACUGAGUCACUUCGACAGUGAGAAACCUGCGACGAAGCAGCUCAUCAGCUUAGAGAUGGACAAAUACGCUAAUAGCACUCCGCCGACCCCUACACGACAAUUGGGAACUGUUAGUAAGUCUGCAAGUAAGGGGUCUAUGGGCGAUGACAUCGAGGAGCCCUAUGAAGAACCCAUGGACGACGAGCCGGCCGUGGUGGAAGACUCGAGGCCCCGGACUGACAUCGCGCCUCUCAUUACUGAUGCAUUGGUCGCUGAGUUCAAUGACAAGAACUGGAAGGUCAGAAACGAAGCUUUAGAUAAAGUAAAGGCCAUAAUACAAAACUCGUCACCAAUCAAGGCAUCGUUGGGUGAACUGCCAGCGGCGCUGUCGGCUCGUUUAUUUGACUCUAACUCAAAAUUGGCUCAAAGCGCUAUACAAAUAUGUGAGCUGCUCGCCGGUGCUUUGGGGCCGAAGUGCAAGCAGCAUGUCAGGACAUUCUUCCCACCGUUUUUCCAAGCGUUCGGCGAUAGCAAGCAGUGGAUCCGAGCGGCGGCGGUGUCGUGCGUAGAGGCGUGGUGCAGGGAGGUGGGGCCGCAGGCCGCGCUCGACGGCGAGAUGGUGUACGACGCGCUCAAGGCGGGCUCGCCCGUGCUGCGCGCCUCGCUGCUGCAGUGGCUGGCCGAGAAACUGCCUUUGAUACCACCAAAGGCAUUCCCCCGCGAAGAGCUGUCGGUGUGCGUGCCGUUACUGUUCGCGUGCCUCGAGGACAGGGCGGCCGACGUGCGCAAGGCGUCCGCGGACUGCGUGCUGCCCUUCAUGCUGCACCUCGGGUACGAGGCCAUGCACAAACAGAUGGACAAACUGAAGCCUGGCUCCAAAUCAGUAGUGCAAGCAGCGCUCGACAAGGCCCGUCCGAACCUCCCUGUGCAACCUUUGCCAUCAAAGGCUAAGAAGGAAGAGUCUAAAGGCGUCAAAUCUGCUGGGGCUCUUAAGAAAGAGGCUGAAAAGAAAGGCGGACCCGCUGCUAAGGCAAAGGUAGUGAAGCCUGCGUCUGCUUCAAGUCGCGGCAAGAAAGAAGACGAGGAUUGUACGCCGUUGCUACCAAACAACAAUGCAAAGAAUCAGCGCAUAGUGGACGAUCAAAAAUUGAAAGUUCUCAAAUGGAAUUUCACCACUCCGCGUGAAGAAUUCUUCGAACUACUGAAGGAACAAAUGAAUAGUGCAGGCCUCAAUAAGCAACUUGUAGGCAACAUGUUCCACAAUGACUUUAGGUACCAUUUAAAAGCCAUAGAAGCCCUAUCCGAAGAUCUACACGAGAAUGGCACAGCUUUAAUGGCGAACCUGGACCUGGUGUUGAAGUGGCUGACGCUGAGGUUCUUCGACACGAAUCCCUCGGUCAUCCUCAAGGGCUUGGAGUAUUUGACUGUGGUGUUCCAGUAUUUGAUCGACAGUGACUACACCAUGGCUGAGUAUGAGGCCAACUGUUUCAUACCGUAUUUGGUAUUGAAGGUAGGAGACCCCAAAGAUACAGUCAGAAAUGGCGUGAAAGCUCUCUUCAAGCAAAUAUGCGUGGUCUACUCGGUUACCAAGCUGUUUGGAUAUCUGAUGGAGGGGCUAAAAUCUAAGAAUGCUAGACAGAGGGCAGAGUGCCUCGAGUGCAUCAACCAUCUACUGGAGACGUAUGGGUCGGCGGUGAUGUCUGGCGGCGUCGGCGCGUCUCUGCGCGAGUUGGCGCGUCAUAUCGGCGACCGCGAUAACGCGGUGCGUUCGGCGGCGCUCAACUGCGUCGCCACCGCAUACUUCCUCGACGGCGAGAAGGUGUACAAGAUGAUUGGACAGAUAUCUGACAAAGAUCUCUCGCUGCUAGAGGAGCGGAUCAAACGCGCCGGCAAGAGUCGCAGCGCUGACGAUCGGCGAUCCAUGUUGGUGCCACUGUCAGCGUCCGGACGACCGAUACUGCAAAUGCCUGAGGACGAUGACGAGCGUGUGAUGGCGGUCGAGAGGCGGGAGGUGCCUCCCGAGGAGUAUGAGGAGGAGGAAAUGGAGGAGCAGCCUCCUCCACCUGUUCAACCGGUAAUACCAGAGCCGAGGGUGGUGACCGGUCCAUUUGGCCUGGACCCCGAGCUGAUAGCCAAGCUGGAUGCCGAUCUGCCUCCCCGCUGCACCCUCAACAUGCCUGAACAUGACCUCAAAUUCCUGGACGAGCCUGUUCCAGCUACCACCGUCAGAACCGUGUCUGCUCCUCUCAGAUCCACUAGCAUGGUGACAAUGUCGCCGCCGCGGCUCGGCGCGCCGCUCGCCAUGCCGCAGUCCGCGCACAAGCCGACCGUGGACGACGCUCAGCUAGCCGACACCAUACACUCCAUCUCCAGCCCCGACCUCAACGCGGCGAUCCGUGCGAUGUCUCUCAUCACGGGCGCGCUAGCAUCAGGGCGAGGCCCCGCGCUGGCCGCGCACGAGGCGCGCCUGGUGUCCGCGGUGGCGGCGCAGCUGAAGCGACUGCGCACCGCGCCCGCCAACGCCAACACUGCGCUGCAGACGCUGCCGGCGUACAAGUAUCUUGGAGGAGCACUGACUUCUUUCUACGACACGGCGGGCUGCGGGCGGCAGGUGGGCGAGCUGGCGCUGCGCUCGCUGCUGGGCGAGCUGCUGCUGGUGCUGGGCGCGGCGCCGGGCGCCAGCGGCGUGCCGCCCGCCGACGGCGACCGGCUCGUACGCUUGCUCAACAACGUCUGCGUGCGCGUGCUCGAGCACUCGCCGCGCACCGCCGUGCUCUGUGCUAUAGUCUCGCUUCUCCACGAGUCAAUAGUGGAAUCCGAUCCGGCCUACCCGCGGUACCAGGAGCUGCUCCUCAAAUGCUUUUGGAAAACCCUCAAGAUGAUAUCCACGUGGGAGGUGAACUCGAUCGACUACGACGCGGUCCUGUACAAGAUACAUCUGUUCUACAAGGCCUAUCCCAAUAGUUAUUGGAAGAAGAAUCCGGAUAUAAGUGACACGCCGUAUAGAACAGUCAAAACUCUAGUCCACACAUUAGUCAAAAUGAAGGGCGCGUCCAUUAUGAACCACCUCACACAAAUACCGGAUGUGAAUGAAUCCGAUCUCUACCCGUAUUUACAUAAAGUAUUAAAGCAACUAAAAUUAGACGACCGGAGAGACGUCCCGUCAGACAACAUCAACGGCGGCCUGCCCAGCGCGGUGAGCACUGUCAACACAGCGCUGAACGCGGGGAGACUGCCCCGCGGCGUGCACGAGGAGCUGGCCCUCAUACUGAAGAGGAUAGGCUCCAAGGAGCACAACAGGGACGCGCUGUCGCAGCUGUACGACUUGCGGGAGCGACACCCCGAGGUGGACAUCUGGACGUUCAUGCAGGGCUCGUCGUUCUACUUCCGCAACUACGUGGAGCGAGGCCUGCGGGAGGUGGCCGAGCAACGCAAAACGGCCGCCAUGCCCAUGUACAAGAGCGACUACAAGACGGAGAACAUUGAUAUAAGCAACGAAAAUGAUGAAAGGUCCCACGUGAUUUUCCUGGAGAGGCUAAGAGCUUUACAAGCCAAAGCGGGUAUGAAAACGGAAUUGAACCCGUCGUCCCAGCCGCGCACGCCGGUGGGCGACAACCGCGCGCUCGCUGACUCCAUUAACGAGAAUACACUCCCGCGCGCGCACAGCAUCGACCCGCAACUGGAGCUCCACACAACACAAUCAGUCUCUAUAAGGAAAGAGGCGGGCGUCGACGCGCUACGACUCAAGCUACAGCAAAUCAAGAGCUCCUCGAAGAGAUAAGGCCGUCUUUGCACCCACGGAUAGUAGCUCCGCUCUCAUUCACUCAUUGACGUGUGCGGGACACGCGAUUGUCGUCCUUAGUCCUAUCACAUUAGAGUGUAGUGUCUCGCAUGUACAUUAAAAAACCCUUGUGAUAUAUAACUUUAUAGAAACGUCCCUAAGGAUAGUCACGUAUUUUCGAAUAAGUGAUUUCAUUUUGACACUUCAAGUAAAGAAAACGUUUGGUCAAAAAGACCAGUACCCCGAGCCGUAAAUCUAUUAAAAAAAAAGCAAAAUGCAUGCUGGUGACGUCAUAGCGUAUUUAUUACGAACGAAUUGUAAUUUCGAAUAUGAUCGCGGAGGCCUAGAGCGAUACAAUAACUUUGUUUUUUUUUACGUUUACGAUCUCAACUGGAUGUUGAGUGUCGAAUAUUUGUAAUAAUCGCGUAUUGAAUUUCGUUGUAACAAACGCAUCAAUUUACAAGUCAGUUAUUCGAUAAUGGGCGUCUAUUCUUUUAUUUAAUCUCAUUUAUUAUCAACGCUUCUCAAUAACAUUUUAGUUCCUAGACUUUAUUUAAUACUUACACUAUCUGCGAUGUAGCAUGGUGCGGGUGACAGUUGCCAGUGUGACGUUGAAAUCUACUAAAUACGUCUAUGGCGUUACGUUAUACGCAUCACACUUUGCUUAAUUUUUCUUUCAAUUUGAUUUUAUUUGUAGACUAUAACAUUCUGGCUCGGUUAAAUUUACAUUACUACAGUUAUUAAUGAUUUAAUCAUUAAUAACUGUAGUAAUGUACGAAUACUAUAUCUGAAAUACUAAGACAUAAUUUGUAAAUCGCGGCAACUUUCAAGAGUGGAACGAAAUGUUUUUCUUUCUGUCAACUGCACCAUGCUACAGCGCACAUGGUAUAGUACUAGUAAGCAUAUAACAAGUAUCUUUGCAAGGACUUCUAUCUAGCUAGACGCCGCCUCUUCAUACGUUAGUAUGACAUUUAAUAGGGUACAAUUUAUUCUAACUUCGAUGGCGUCACAAGACUUGGUUGUUUAGUGUAAUAUUUAGACUUUAGUAUGAAUGUCGAGAGGGUAAGUUACACAGGGAGAGUUUCGUUAAUGUAAUAUAUUUCGAGGCUUUCUAGGCAACUAUCUUAUAUAUUAUAGUAUAGUGACAAUAGUAAUAUUUAGAAUCCACUUGUUGUGUAACUUAGCCUGUAAUCAAGCUAAUUGUAAAAGCCACGUGACGUUAGGCAUUAUUCGGUUUAGCGGACGCCGUAUUGGGGUAUCUAGCUAAACAUAAGUCCGUACAUUUUUUCGUUUAUUAUUAAUAAUUAUCAUUAAUCGCAACACGACGCGACCUAUUACGAGUCAAAUGAAGUUAUAAAGAUUUGCAUGUUAAUAAUAAUAGUUUUCGACUAAAACCAAACAUCAUAAUUAAUUCUUCGCUACGUGAUGAAGGAUUCAUUUACACGAGCGUCAACUGCCAUUGACUGCCGCCUCGACUACUAGUGAAAACUAGUUUCGGUCGGACGGUAAAAAGAAAGCUCCCAGAUUGUUUGAUUUUUUUCGACACUUGCAACACAAUAUUUCAAGUGACUUGAUGAAAACCUUGAUAAACGAUUUACCUAUCUUUCCUCGAUAAUUACUCUAUCUAUUGGUGGAAACCGCACGAAAAUUGGACGUUUGGUAGUAUCAGAGAUAAUUCGGACUAAUGCGGUGGAGGACUUUUACAAUAUGUUUAGAUAAGAGUAUCAGAAAAGUAAUAACAGGGAAUUUAUAUAUAACAAAGGCUUAAUCUAAAAUCGAAUGUAUUUCCCCUCAUAGCACGUAAGUUGGUGUGUUGGUUGCCCCUUUUUCAAUAUUAGCCUGUGUUGCCAGCAUUAAAAAUGUUCCCAUUUUUAGGGCAAAAUAUUAAAUGUUAAUAUUCAGCCAUUGAUUGACAACGUAUAACGAAAAAAACUAAUAUUUUAAUAUGCCGUGUAUCUCUUAGCAAAUAACAUCAUUUAGACGAUAGAUAGACGAUUAAAUGCGAAAAAAUCUACUAAAAUUAAGGCCUGACUAGAAAUUUAAACUCUCUACUAUUACUUGUUGCGAAAGCAAGUAAUAUUAUUUUAUAUUUCUAGCCAGGCUGUAAAAAUUUUCAUAUUUUUAAUAGUCAUAGUGCUAUGAAGUCGAAUUUUAGUUUAUAUGUUAUUUAAUUCAAUGUAGUCUUCAUUGUAAUUGAAAACUAUGAUUGAUGUUGUUUAAUUACCAUUUUACGUUGUAUUAUAUUAUUUCAUUUAGUGUGUUUUGAUUGUUUGAUAAAGGGGCUCUGAAUAUUGCAGUUACAUACAUACAUAACUUUUCAAAGAGUUUCUCUGCUUUUUUUUAGAAAAACAUUUAUUUGAAAAUUUAUUUGUGUGAUUUUAAAAAGUUUGAUUGUGUUGUAAUAUUGUGUAAAUAAGUCUAAGCACUUAAGAAAACACGGUUGUUUUUAAAAUCUCAGACAGACACUUAUAUUUUUUCAUCACUCACACACAUUAUAUAUUGAUAAUUUUCUAUAGAAACUUGUACAAGACAUUCAAUGGAUGUAUACUCAGAGGCACAAUUAUCCGCCGACCUUAAUAUACUCGCGUCAUAUUAAAGUGGGCGGAUAAUUGUGCCUCUGAGUAUAUAUUGUAUAUCUGUAAAGUGGGUAAACCAUAAACUUAUUUUAUUUGUGUAUAUAAUUGCAAUAUUUAGAGAUUCACCUUAUGUAUUUUAUGUUUGAAUUUGCAUAGAUUUGGUUAAAAUAAUUCUGUUCUCUUCUGUAAUAAGACUGUUCUCGUAUUGCGCCUAGUGACAAACGAAUACUCAGAUUGCAUUGUUUUGUGUUGUGUUUAUAGUAUGAUGAGUUAGCGGUCAUCCAGUAGGUUUAUUAGAAAACUUGUAUAGCUGUGAUGAGGCCAUUAUUAUAUUUUGUAAUAUCAUUAAUAAAAAUAUAAUAACCCCCAUUUAUAACAUUUUACUAAAAAUCAAAAUGUAAACAUUCCCACAGUAUUGAUUUCGUGGUACAAAUUUUUAUCAACUUUUAUUAUUUCCGAACUAAAAUAAACAUGACUGAUUUUUUUUGUCACUUUAUGUUUAAUUACUAAAUACUUUAUUGGGCAGAAUUAUUGUAAUAUUAAUAUUAAGUUGGGGCUAAUUUGUGUUAAUUGUUAAAAAAGGUAAUUAUUUCUCGUCACAAUAUGUUGUUUAUAGAAAAGAUAAUGAAAACAUUAAAUUACAUCACUGUUAAUGUAAGCCUUUGACGUUUAACUAAAGUUAACGUAACUUCUAUCGUUAACUACAAAUUAACCCUCACGGGGUUAUGGACGCCGGCAGUAGAGUGAAAGGGGGGUACUCUCGCUCCCCAAACUAUUGGGGAAAAAGUUACACAAAAUUUUAUUUUAUCUGUUUCAAUAAAUGUGUUGAUUUCUGUUUUUUUAUCUUGUAAAUGGAUUUUUGUGUCUCUUUUUCUUUAAAAUUUUAUAGUAGUUUAAUGGGACGAAAAUUAUUUGUGUAAUACAUAUACAUGUCACACAUAAAACUAAAUAAAAUUAAUGGGUAUUGACGAUGAACAAGAAAUAAAAAUAUAUGUUAUACCAAAAACACUAAAAAUUUGUGUGAUGUGAUCACAUAAAGGUAAUAGUCUCACAAGUUCGUUGAUAAUACUCCGAUGAUAUGCGGGCGACAGGGGGAAAGACUGCGCGGGUGUGAAAUCGUGCGUGCGGGGAAGUGACGUGCAUCAGUCGUGGGUUUUUCAAUCAUCGCUAGACGCCCCCCGGCCCGCGCGCAACAUCGGGAGUGUUACGAAGUUGCCAAGCUAUACUCAGGUGCACUUUUUUAUAACAUCCUGCUGGGGUCCAUAUAGUAGGAGUGGGGGGUGGGGGGUCCUCGUUAUAUGUAGCCACUUAUUUUCAAUUGUUACAAUAUAUAUUGUUACCAUGUAACUAGUUUUCGAAAGUUUGUUAUAUAAUAACUUUGUUGUUUUUUCCCUGUAGCAGUGGGAAUUUCAUGGUUGUUUCACUGACAGUUGUUGGUUGGUAAUCAUUUAAUUAUCGUUUCGUAAAAAAAGUGCUGUUUUUGUAUUGUAUUAUGCACUGUUUUGAGUUUUAUAUAAUGUUAGAUUUGCAGCACAAACAUUCGAAAAGUGUCACUUAUUACAGAUUUGUUUUUCUGAUCUUGAAAUAAUAAUGUAUGAAUUAUUACCUUAUACUUUUUUUAGUGUUUGCUUUUUAUGAAUCUUGACUUGUAUCUUGAGCAUUUAUUUAUUUUAAAAUAAUGUAUUAAAUCAUGAUGUAAUACUGAUAAAUAAAGUUCAUACAACACA